AUGGCGGCUGCCUCCAUGAAGCUCUCCCUCACCUUCGUCCUCCUCCUCUCCGCGCUCGUCGUGUCCGGCGAGAUCGGAGGAGCCAUGGCAGCCGACUGCUCGACGGUCCAGUGCAUCCAGGGCGGGUACAUCACCUGCGACAACUACCCGUACCAGAAGCUGGACGGCUGCGCCUGCGUCUGCGCGCCCAAUAACGGCCGGAACUGCGUGCUCCACUUACAACUGCAGCGACAACAAGGAAUAGCUAGCCGAAGCCGACCGACCGAUCAGUACGUCUUCGAGUAG